ACCAUGUCCAGCGGCCAGUCCCGCACGCCCGCAGCCAAGAGCUCCGCGUCCGCCGCCUCGUCGCCCGCGGCGACGCCCGACACGCCGACGCCGGCGCCGCGCCGCUCGUCGCGCAAGUCGGGCGCCAGCAGCACGCUGGCGAAGCGGCACGGCGCCGACGUGCUGGCGCCGCGCACGACGCACUACGAGUUCGGCGGGCCCGUCGGCGCGCUCGGCGUGACGCUCACCGUGCCCUUCUUCACGUAUGCCUUCUACUACUUCUGCAACCCGCUCGUGGGCUGCGCCGUGCUGCCCACGCACCCGGGCCUCCUGUUCAAGUCGAUGGGCAGCGGCAUCGUGCAGAGCCUCACCGACGGCACCGGCUGGGCCAUCUACUUUGGCUGGUACGCGUUCGCCGUCGCCUGCUGGGCGCUCAUCCCCGCGCGCUGGGAGCAGGGCGGCGAGCUGCGCACGGGCGAGAAGCUCGAGUACAAGAUCAACGCCUUCACUACGCUGCUCGCGUCCUUUGCCGUGACGGCGGGCAUCAUCGUCGCACGCGGCGCCGAGGGCUUCACCUUCUUCUACGACCACUGGCCCGCACUCAUCACGGCGUCGCUGGCCAACAGCCUGGCGCAGGCCUUCUACGUGUAUGCGCUCUCGUUCAAGGAGGGCCGCCUGCUGGCCAAGGGCGGCAACUCGGGCAACGCGCUGUUUGACUGGUUCAUUGGCCGCGAGCUCAACCCGCGCAUCGGCAUCUUCGACAUCAAGACGUUCAACGAGCUGCGCCCGGGCCUCAUCCUCUGGGCGCUGCUCGACAUCAGCUGCGCGUGCAAGCAGUACGUCGAGCUCGGGCGCAUCACCGACUCGAUGGUGCUCGUCGUGCUCUUCCACACGACGUACGUCGUCGAUGCACUCUACAACGAGUCGGCCAUCUUCACGCAGAUGGACAUCACCACCGACGGCUUCGGCUUCAUGCUCUCCGUCGGCGACCUCACGUGGGUGCCCUUUGUCUACUCGCUGCAGGCGCGCUACCUCGCCUUCGCGCCCAAGGACCUCGGCUACGCCGCCGCCGCCGCGAUCCUGGCGUUCAACUACUUUGGCUACUGGGCCUUCCGCUCGUCCAACGGCGAGAAGAACGACUUCCGCAACGGCCGCAACCCGAAGAACCUCAAGUUCAUGGAGACGGCGUCUGGCCGCAAGCUGCUCACGUCUGGCUGGUGGGGCAUGAGCCGCCACCCCAACUACAUGGCCGACCUCAUCAUGGCGCUGGCGUGGUCGCUGCCGUGCGGCUUCGACACGCCGAUUCCGUACACGUACGUCUGCUACUUCACCGUGCUGCUCGUGCACCGGCAGAUGCGCGACGACGAGGCGUGCCGCGAGAAGUACGGCAAGGACUGGGACAAGUACUGCAAGAUCGUGCCGUCCCGCAUCUUCCCGUACAUCUACUAAGCGCGCGCGCGUGCAUCAACUACCGAGCGCUGCUUCACUUAUCCUGUGCCGCUCCGCUAAUACGUCUCGCGGAAGGAGUGGCAUUGCAUGUGUUCACUCUGUGUCGGGCACGAGUGUGGAUGCGCGCGGCGUCUGCCAUGGCGUCGUGGCCGCGCUGCCGUCGCCGCGCCGGAACUGCGCCUCGAAGGCCUCGACCGAGCCG